AUGACAGCCGAAGUAUCUCGGCAAGUGAAAGAACGAAUUGCUAUUGGCGAAGAGGAACUGCAGCGAAAGCGAUCGCUUCCGACUCAUUCUGGUGUCGGUUGUGUGUCCACGACUAGUGUACUCACCAGUCUGGUUGAACUUCCAGACGAAAUUGCAUCUCGUCUAGGAGACUUGAUGAGAUUCCUCGUAAACAAGCAACAUCAAAACUGGACGAUGGUUGUGGGUCAUUUGCAGCAAUGUGGGGGCUUUGUUGGUGUCAGCAACAAACUGGCCAAUCGAUUUGUGCAGCUUAUCCCUCCUAAAGCUAUGAAGUCUUUGAUUGGAAUUAUUGAAGACAUGUACAAAGAGGCAGGUCACUCGCCACUGGUUGCAGUACAAACACACUUUCUCAAGGCCCUUGCUAUUGGUUCGGUAGUCUCUCCACAAACGAUGGGGGUCAUUGAGCUGCGCUUGAGCACAAUUCGUCAGCAUGUGGGAGUUGACAAACCAUUGCCAAUGAGUGCUUAUGAGACCAUGGUUGUCGCUUACGGCAAGGCUAGCGAGCUAGAUCUGAUCAACGCUAUUCUUCGUGAGAUGAAAAAUCACGAGAUUGAACCUUCCUCCAAAAUUUACACCAAUGUGCUCUCCACUUGUGUGUAUCGGUUGAAAGAUCACAAGCAGGCUGUGGAGAUAUUUGAUACAAUGCGUUUUUUUUCAAAAGCCACUAAACCAGGAAGCCGAGAGUAUCGAGAUAUUAUUGUGUCUCACGUAAACAAUAAUGACGUCGAAAAGGCAAUCGAUCUUUAUCAUGAAAUGAUCACUGACAACGUGGAACUCAAUCAACCAAUUCUUGUAGCACUUGCUCGAGGAUGCUCGGGUCGUCCUCAACUUCGGACAAGAGCAUGGGAGUUUAUGUUUGAGAUUUACAAUAAAGGCUGGGAACCUACUCUUGAGCUGUACGAGUAUAUGAUAUAUUUAGCUGCCAAGGAUGGGGAUUUAUCGUUGUCUCGUGCGCUUUACUCCAAGUUGAUAAAUUCUGAGACAGUAACCGUCAGAAGCUUUGGUUUUUUGUUGUUAGCGUACGCGAAAUACCAUCAAUCGGCGGAAUUGCCGUGUGUGUUUGGCGUAAAGAAUGGGCGAACCUUCCGAAAUAAUGUUUUAAAAGACCUGGAGAUUACAUCAGGUGGUGUUUUGCCGUUUUUGCCCAAAUCUGAUCUCGUCACUACUGAUGAAGUGAUGGCCGAAUCAAGUGCUAUUUGGGCCUACCAUUUGAUAAAAAGACCCGACGUAAUCACUCGCGAAAAUGUCACUUCCUAUCUUAACAUUGCCAGUGAAAUUGGUCUGCUUAGAGAAUUUAUUGACCGCUACAAAUCCACCACAUAUUUGGACAGAAGUGGGGCACCACGCAACCGAAUCAUUGCUGUUGAUGAUCAACCAGAUAGUGAGAAUGAUAAUACUGCUGUCUUAAAUUCGAUGGACGAGGUGUCAGAGAUGAAUCUGUUGGUAAAGUCUCCGGUUUUAGAUGAAGUUGAUGAUAUUCAAAGGCAACACAAGGUUUCUCGCAAUUCUUUAAUCUACGUGAUAGCGUUAAAGGCUGCAGGAAAACACAAGAAGUACGACUUUGCUCGUGAAAUAUGGACAGAAAGAGGUGAGUUCAGGAAGACUGCUGCAUUCAAACAACUACCAAGAGAUUUUAAGGAUUCACAAGACUUUCAAUUUGCCAACGCAAUGAUAUACAGUUUGACUCAGAUGAAUUUGCUUGAAGACGCGUGUGCCAUAUUGUUGAGCACUGAGUGGCAAUUUAAAUGGACUUGGGCUGAGUUAAUCCAUUUGCAUCGCGCCUCCGUUGCAGUGGGGAAUGAUAAAAUAGCUCACACAGUACGACUGAUUGCCAAGCGAGCUCAAACCAAUCAUGCCGGGAAAAUGAGACGUAGAGACUACAAAAAGUAUGUCAUGCAAAGGGGUUUUUAA